AUGGACGACUCAGACACUUCGACCUCGAUGAACUCGUUUGCCAGCCACUCGUCGCCGGCAAAGCCCAAGUACCAGUGGACGGCCCCGGAGCCCAAGAGCAUCGACCAGGUUGUGGAUUUUUUCCAGCAGCCGGUGCCACCAUUUUCGCACGCUCAGGAACCGGGGCAGGCCGUGCAUGCAGAGCAUGCAGAGCCCAGCAUGUCGCUGAACCUGAUCCAGCUGUUCAACGACGUGCUGUUGCUGCUGACGCGGCUCAUCGACGUGUUCAUCCCACAAAAUAGCACGAACACCCUCAAUUUUCUUGAACAAACAAAGAAAAACGCUAGCACCGGGUGGAAACAGCUUCUUGCAUUCUACAAGUCUAACUCGUUUGUUGUCAACGUUUCGGUUACUAUAUUGGUUCUCAGCCUUGUGCCUCCUGUGCUGAUCUUUGUGCUUAUUAUGGCUGCGUACACGUCGUUUAUUGGGUUCUUGUUCACCACAGGGCUUUCUGUGCUGGCUGUCGGGGCUGCGAUCGGGUUCCUGCCCGUGUUUGUUGUGAGCAUGUCUCUGGUGACUGCGGCCGCAUUGACCGUGGGGCUCGUUUACCUGGGCAUCACCAGCACCAUCACCGUGCUUUCCCACAACGUCCCCACCCGUGACUGGCUCAGCUACUUGGCCGACAUGUUCCCCCCAUCGGUGGGGGUGGUGGAGGUGAAGAAAUGA